UAUUAAUACUUUCGAAUCCUAUAAUUUGAUGAAACCAUAGGCAUAUUUAAUUUUCCUCCAAUAUACGAGUAAUUUUCAGAACCAUAAAUAGGACAUUUUUUUUGUUCAACUACGUACAAAGGACUAGUCAAACUUUUCAGUUCCAGAUAAGAGCCAAUGCAUAUAUUUUGAACAACCAAGAAGGCCUACCAUCUUGUCCAUGGGUAUUACCAGCUUUUUUUUCAUCCUGUUGGUGCAACUCUGCAAUGGCAAAUCUUUGCCCAAGUUCUCAGCCAUCCUCAUCUUUGGAGAUUCAACAGUUGAUACUGGCAACAAUAAUUACAUCUCUACGAUAUUUCAAGGUAAUCAUCGGCCUUAUGGCGAAAACUUCCCUGGCCGGAUUCCGACAGGAAGGUUUUCAGAUGGAAAACUUGUUCCUGACUUUUUAGCAUCCAUGUUAGGCCUGAAGGAAUAUGUUCCUCCUUUUCUACAACCAUAUCUAUCAAAACAUGAUCUUCUAACUGGCGUCAGCUUUGCAUCUGCUGGCUCUGGAUACGACGACCUAACCACAGCCGCAUCUAAAGCAAUCCCCAUGUCCCAGCAAAUCAAAUAUUUUGAGCGCUACAUAGAGAAGCUCCAGGAGAUUGUAGGAGAAGAGAAAGCUCAAAAAAUUGUCAGUGCUGCUUUGGUUAUCAUCAGUGCAGGGACUAACGAUUUCAUCUUCAACUUCUAUGAUAUCCCAACAAGGAGGAAUCAAUUUAAUAUAACUGGAUAUCAAGAUUUUUUGCAGAUCCAGCUCCAGAACUUUGUAGAGGUAAUAUAAGUCCAUCUUUAUUUGAUCCCCCAAAUCCCAAAGUCAUAUAUCCAACCACCAGUGAGACAUCAUAUACUAAAUUGCAGGUAGAGAAAAAUAAAAACAUUUAUUGUUACAUUACCUUUUCAGGAUCUAUAUAAUCUUGGAUGUCGUAAGAUGCUUGUUGCCGGGCUUCCUCCUGUUGGCUGUCUUCCAAUACAAAUAACUGCAAAGUCCCCAUUGCUCAGAAAGUGCAUUGAAGAGGAGAAUUUUGAUGCUCAAUCCUAUAAUGCGAAACUCACAAGGUUGCUAAAACAAGUACAAGCAGCACUUUCAGGAAGCAAAGUAUUGUAUUCAGAUACAUAUCAUCCUUUCAUGCACAUGAUCAAGCAUCCAAAAAAAUAUGGUAGGCUUCCACUCUCCUCCAAGUUCC